AUGGCGGCGCCCAGCGGUACCCCCGGUAAUGGCGGCCCCGCCGCCGCUCGCUACUGCCUGGUGAGCGGCAUCCCCGCCGCGCUGCGCUCCGCUCAGCUCCGCGCCUACUUCAGCCAAUUCCUGGAGGAGGGCGGAUUCCUUUGCUUCCAUUACCGACACCGCCCCGAGCGCCCGCCGCCGCCGGCGGAGGAGGAGGAGGCGGCGGCCUCGGCCUCGGCGCCGCGCACUUGCUGCUGCCUGGUGGCCGUCAGACCGGGCCGUGCCCGCCGCUUCCUCCGCAUGUACUCGGGGAAGCGAUGGGUCGGGCCGGGCGGUUCCUGGCUGCCCGGACGCUGCCUCAUCCGCAGGGUCCGCCUGGGGCCCGGGACAGGUCCAGAGACGUUUCCCUACAGUGGGGACAAGGUGACUUCGAGUGAUUUGGUGGCAGACUUCAAGGGGCUGCCCGAGUUCAACCCCCCUUCCUUCAUGCCCUAUGGCAACGUUGGCACCCCCUUGAAAACCUUCCUGGAGCUGAUCCGGGCCUGCAGGCUCCCUCCCUGGAUUAUCAAGAAGUUGCAGCUGGAUUUUCCCAAGACAGGCUCAUCCCGCAGGUAUGGGAAUGUCCCUUUUGAAUACCAGGACACUGAGACAGUGACAGAAGAAGAAGAAAGAGUUUACACAGCCACGGGGGAUGAGAUCACAGCAGCAGAGGGGGCUGUGGCAGCAGCAGCCCAGGUGACUCACCCAGCUGGUGCUGAGCAAGAUGAGGAGGAGCAGGAGGAAGAGGAAUGGCACUCAGAGGAUGACAAUGACACCUGUGAGGAGUGGGAGAGACACGAGGCUCUGCAUGAGGAUGUGACCAAGCAGGAGAGGGUGGAGGAGAGGCUGUUUGAGGAGGAGAUUGAGCUCAAGUGGGAGAAAGGAGGCUCUGGCCUGGUCUUCUACACAGAUGCUCAGUACUGGCAGGAGCAGAACGGAGAUUUUGAUGAGCAGACAGCAGAUGACUGGGAUGUGGACAUGAGCAUCUACUAUGACAAAGAUGGAGGUGAUAAGGACGCUCGGGACUCGGUCCGGAUGUGUCUGGAACAGCGGCUCCGGGAUGGUUUGGAGGACGGGGCUGUCUCGGGACAGCAGAUUGGCACCUUUGAGAGACACACCAAGGGCUUUGGCAGGAAGGUGCUGGAGCAGCAGGGCUGGACAGAGGGGCUGGGACUGGGGAGCAGCAACUCUGGAAUGGCUGAAGCUUUGGACAAUGAGGGUCAGAACCCCAGAUGCAAGAGGGGGCUGGGCUACCACGGGGAGAAACUCCCAACGUUCAAGCAGGUGAAGAAAGCCCGGAGAGGGGAUGGUCCCAUCCUCAUCUCCACCAUCUACGAUGAUCCCGAGCCUCAGGAUUCUGGGGAUCAGCUCCUCAGACGCCAACCCCCCACUUCCAUGAAGUACAGGAAGGACAUGAGCUUUGUCCGGGCAUCCCGAGGCGUUCUACAGAACUUCGGCAUUCAGUAAAUAAAACUCU